UGUCACAAAGGAAUUUUAAAAUAAUUUUAGUAAUUACUCGGCUUCCAGGACACUUACGUUUAAAUUCUCGCCCUGCGUGACUGCGCACUAGCAUAUUUUCCCAUUGAUAGACAUUUAAUGCAAGGGAGGGCGCCCAUAAGAACACUUACUCAUGAUGAAGCAAGGCCGGUGUAGGCCAUACCUCAUACCUCCACCAGUCAUGCAAGAUGACGUCAUUAGUCGUCUUACUGGUCAGUGAAGUGUUAACUACCAGCCACUUAAAGACACCCCAGUCACAUACUGUUUUAUCGUAAUCUUAUCGGGGACGUUAACUUAUCUCUUGGAGAAAAAAGACAGUGUGUGUUGUUUGAUUUCAUCGAAAAGUCUUUCAGCUGCUUCGGAGGAUCGCACGCAAUGGAGACUGAACAAAUGAGUGAUGUAGGAAAUCCGAGGCGGGACAGUGAUGAGAUGAGCGUAGCGUCUGACUUCAGUAUUAUUCCUGAAAGUUUUACUGGACAAGAGGACAUCUCUCCUGGGGACCAUAGAGUCAUGGCGCACAGUAUGGCUUCGUAUCAGUCUGACCAUUUUCAGGUGCCUUCAGCAGAGGCAACAUUUGGCAAAGUGUUGUUUCAAAAUGUCCAAGCAACCUACACUGCUGACUCCGAUAUAGCAGUGUCCUAUGUCUUGACAGCUGGUGUAACAGCCAAGUCUUCAGACCGGGUGGCCUUGUACCGUGUUGGGUUUGGAUCACCACAGGACUAUCUCAUAUACCACUGGGCACCAACGCCAAGCAAAGACCACACAACCAACCAGCUCCCUCUGACAGUUGUGUUUAAAGCAAGCGCGUUGCCAAAGGACGCAGGCGAGUUCUUUCAGUUCUGCUAUGUGACACACGAAGGUCAGAUUGUUGGUGUAUCUACUCCGUUCCAGCUUCACCCAGUUGGCUCUAGCAACGUCUGCGGAGUUGACGAUGGGGAGGAUGGCAUGGUGGUGGUAUGCACCAAGGAGAGUGUUCUGCACGAUAAGAUAAACAAGCUCACCAUGGAGAACGAGAACCUUCUGCUUGAGCUGAGCAACUUGAAAGUAGUUUCUGAAAAGAAACAGGGUGAACUUGAUGACAAGGUUCAGCAACUCAACAUGUGUCAGCAUCAUCUUCAGGCAUUAGAAGCAAAGAUGAAGAAAGAAACAGCUGAGAAGUGUGAACUGAUGGGGCGUGUUGGACAAGUUGUCGAAGAGAAGGGACACCUGGAAGACCGGUUGAAGACACUGGAGCGCAAUUUGGAGGCUUCAAAUACUCAGAUUGGAACACUAGAAAACAAGAUUACCAAGGUUACUGAGGAAAAGAAGGAAGCAGCAGAGGAGACCCUACGACUUCGCAAACACAAGGAGCAGUUGGAACAUGCACUGCAGAAGUGUCAGAACGACCUGUCAAGUGCAGAAGAAAAUUUGAAGACUCUGCAGGCUGAGUCAGAAAAAUACAAAUCCGAGAGAGACACUGCUAUCAAGGAACUGGAGUUCUGGACCACAUCAGCAGCCACAGACAAGGAUGAAAAGAAUUCGUUAGCUCUCAAAUUUUCAGCGGUCAAUGAAGAGUUGGUUUCAAAGUUAGAAGAAAUAGAGAAGAGUAGCAAGUUGAAUGUGGAGUUGGAGGAGAAACUCACUACAGCUGUGAUGGAAAUGACCUCAAUCAAGGAUGCUUUGACAGAAACAGAAGGAAGGUUGUCCAAAGCCGAGGAAGAGAGGACCAUCCACGAGGAACGGCUGAAUGUCGUCAAUCAAGACAACGAACAAUUGAAAGUCAAGAUUCAGCAGUUGAAAAAUACAGUGGAGAGCUUGGAAAGUGUCCAGGGAAAUGACAAGAGCGGGAGAGAGGCGGCAGAAAGAAUUGCCAGUGAUUUGAGUGGUCGGCUGCAAGCUGCCAAAGCUGAGUACCACUCUUUGGCUCUCACAAACUUGCGUCUGGUGAAGAAAAUAAAGAAACUCCGUCAGUCAGCAAGCCCAGAGGUAGACAGGGAGAGGCUGGCUGCAAUGGCAACAUCCAUGUCUUCACAAGGCAGUUCAUGGCUGAAUGUGGAUGGUGUCGACCAGGAAAAGAAUGAAGACCUUGAUGAGGAUGCUGGCACAGAGGCAGCCUCAGAAGUGGCCUCCUGUCUAAUUCGAUCCUGCACAUCUGUCUCAACAACUACGUGCUCCAGUUGUUCUCACUCCACCAAGAUUCUCAGUGAAGCUGUUCACCAGAAAAUGGAAGACAUAGUGCGCGAACUUUCCCUUCAGAUUCAGUCCCUCAAAAACGAACUGAAGGCCCGCGAGAGGGAACAAGAAACAAGAAGUCUUGUUCAGGGGGAGACUCUUAGUAGUCAGGAACCAAGUGACCCAAAUACAGAACAGCAGCCACCAAGUGUGGAAAGCAGACAAGAAGAGCAAAGUGCUCAGGAGGAGGUAGGCCAGGCACAGUUGACCGAGAGCAGCGUCGCUGCACAAAAUGAGCCUUCGACAGAGAGUAGCACGGAUCAGCAAGUGCUGUAUGGCAAUAGUUUUCUCCCAGCCCAACGCACUGCACCAGUAUUUUUACCAGAGCGUGAAAGGCAGGCAUCUCCACACAAUGUCAGUGACCAGGAUUCUGGCAGUGCCGCUGUUCGGCCAUCUGCACCAUCCCCGACACCUUCAAUGCUUUCGCAACGAGGCCAGAGCAGCGCAGGUCCUCCAGUCAUGAUAGUAAGCACAGCAAUGUCAGAUUCCCUUUUUGCUCCUAGGGCUCACUUACCUGUUAGACGAUUACAGCCUAUAUCUGGUUCUAUCCUUCCACCUCCGUUAUUACCGGAGACGACUCCCACUGCCCGCCAGGCUGCAGUAAUGAGCCAGUUUACAAGCCAGCAGGUUACCAGUGGCCUUGGACAUGAAUCGGAUGACGAUGACUUUCACAGCACGAGUGAUAACGAUGAUACACCUAAUAUCCCAAGUGAAGUGAGCAGUAACUUUUUUGAAUGCCCAAUGUGUGGACUGGCAUUCCAACAAGGAGCGCUUCGACUUUUGGAAGAACACAUCAACACUCAUCUUGAGUAUGUGUGUCCAGUCUGCUCCAUGGCAUUCCAGCGAAAUAACAGCAAAAAGUUUGAAGAUCACGUACACGCCCACUUUGGUGACGAGGUCAGCGAAGAUGAUAAUCCACUGGACCCAUCAGGACCUUGGGCAUAUAGAAGCACUAGGUUACUGGAGAUUGACUAAAGGAAAAGCUGGUUAUGGACACAUUACCCUGACACAAAAAAGCAGGACAUGAAAAUUCAGCUUUGUGAAUUAUCAGUUUGUCUUUUUGUGUUUUAUAUGAAAUCUUUGUUUACCAAAAAUUAUAUUACUUAUAAGAAAGUGACAUUUAUUUGUUGUUUUUAUUACUGUUAUCUGUGAACUUGUUUUAUGCUGUUUAGAAUUUAUUUCUCAGAUAUAAUAUCCCGGAUUAUUUCAAAUGCAGUUGUCAUUGUCCUGUUUUGGUAUAUUUUGUGGGUUAUGAAAAUCUUUUCCCUGACGAAUUGUUUGGGAUUAGCUACAUGUUUUAUACAGUAUACAGUAUAGAGCACUUUAUGAAAUUAUUUCUGUAUUUUGUUGACCUCUUCUUCAUUUUGUCUUCUUGUGGUAUGGUUCUGUAGUUUGGUACAUUAUACCCAUAUUGUAGUCAAGUUAUAAUGGUGCAUUUAGAUUUAUAUAUUGUGAAUCAUUGACAAUAAUUGAAUUUUCAAAUGAAUUUUCAUUUAUUCGCCAUGUAUAGAGUGUAUAAAAGGAUAUAAAAUUUUUAACCAUAAAUGCUGAAUUUAUAUUCAUCUUAGCAUACUCUGAAGAAUAUGUAACUACAAAUAUCGCAAGUUUGUUUUUUAAAAUUAUAUGAAAUCAUAACCUAGUUACUCUAUGCUGUUUCCAUGUUUAUCAGUGCAGUAUUGUAUUUAUGGAAUUGUUUGGAGUUACGUGGCACAAAUUUGAUAGCUUUGAAGAGGCAUUUAUUCUGCUCUAAGCUUUCAGUCCUAGAUGUGAAAAUACUUCCCAGGGGUACAGAGUAAUAUUAUAAGUUUCCUAAUUAUAAAGCAUUUAGCUGUAUAGCUCGCAGGACUUCUUUUAGUUGUCAGAAAUGUGAAAGAACGAUAUCGGUGGAAAACCUGCAGUUAACUAUACUAGGCAGCAGCUUUCCGUUUGCUGUUCCCUUCGUACUCUACAUUCUGCAUGUGUUGAAUAAAAUGUACUCUUAACAUUCAGAAUACAUGUACGUACAUUGUAAUAAAUAUUAGCACUUAUUGCA